AAGUAUGUCAGACUGGAAAUCAUAUCUUUCACUUAUUUAUUUUAACCCAAAAUCCCCGGCCAGUUAUGCCGGACCAGGGAAACUGUACCGAUAUGUUAAGUCCGAUGGAAAGUUUAAGAUCGGGAUGCAUAGAAUACGAAAAUGGUUGCAAGACCAAGAAUCCUACUCUCUCACAAGAGGAGCCCGCCGCAAGUAUGAUCGGUCCCGCGUUAUUGUUGAAGGCAUAGAUAGUCAGUGGGACAUGGACCUGAUUGAUAUGGUCGAUUUAGCGGAUAAAAAUGACGGCUACAAGUAUUUGCUCGUAGCCAUAGAUAUAUUUUCUAGAUUCGCUUUUUGCCAAGCUAUGAAAAGAAAAAAAGCUAUCGAUGUUGUGAAGGCAUUGCGAGCUAUAUUGUCCGGUUCAAGAAAACCUAAUACUGUGAGAAGCGACAAAGGGCAAGAAUUCCGUAGUAAAGAUGUAAACAAAUACUUCGAUCAAAUGGGUAUACACCAUUUUUACGCACAAAACACGGAAAUCAAAGCAAAUUACAUCGAACGUUUUAUAAAGACUCUGAAGCACAAGAUAUUCAGAUACAUAUUACAGAAAAGGAAUCAGAGAUACGUGAACGUUCUACAAGAUUUGAUGUCCAGUUAUAACAAUACGACGCACUCUAGUUUGAACGCAACACCAUCUAGUAUCAACAAGGUUAACGAAAGUGAAAGUAGACUCCAGCAGUAUUUGAUACGCACCAAAUCGCAUAAACCUAAAAACGAACCGCGGUCCAAAAAGAAAACUACUAGACGAUUUAAGUUAAAACUUGGUCAAACAGUACGCAUGUCUCACGUGAGGAACAUUUUUGAUCGAGAAUAUUCCCAAAAAUGGACGGGGGAAAUAUUCAAAAUAACAACUAGGUUUAAAAGGGACGAUCUGCCCGUUUAUAAGGUAGAGGACUGGGACGGUGAACCAAUCGACGGCACUUUUUAUCAACAAGAAUUACAAGCUAUUACCGUUGACGAGAACACCGAAUAUCACGUUGAAAAAAUACUGCAGAAAAGAACAAGAAAGAAACAGAGACAAGUGUUGGUGCGUUGGUUACACUGGCCUAAAAAGUAUGACUCAUGGAUUCCCGAAGAUGACGUGAAAUCGUAUCAAUAAUUUUAAAAAUAGAACAACGUGACUAUAAAAAGGGUUAACUGACCAGAACUCAUUCAUUCGUCGGAGGAGUCUAGAAAAACAUGUUUAUCACAAAUGUGGUAUACAGCGCUUAUCUGUCUACUUCAUUUGACUUACGUCAGUUAUGUUAUCAGCUAAAUAACGUUCGAUACCAACCGCAACGUUUCCCGGCACUCCUUUGGCAUCACAAAAAAAUAGGCGGAAACUGUACCAUUUUCUCCAACGGAAUUAUGAACUGUAACGGAAAAGCUCUUAGUCUGCAAGAAGGGAAGCAACGUUUACGGCGAUACGCCAGGAUACUUCAAAAGGUCGGUUAUUCGAUAUAUUUAAAAGACAUAAAACUCAUCACUUUAUCGGCCUGCCAUACGUUAAGUCAACCACUAAAUUUAGACAUGCUGUCGUCGGAAAGAGACGUUAAUUACGAGCCCGAGCUAUUCUCGUGCCUCAAUUUCAAGAGAGAAGGAAUAAAUUUUGGGUGUUUUCAUACCGGAAAAGUAAUAGUCACUGGAGUGAAGUUUUAUGAGCAAAUCGACGAUGUAGUUUAUCCUACGCUUGUCGAAAUGGAACUAUACACGCGUAAGAAUGAGUGAGCACAAAUUACCAUUAAUCAUGAAUCAUUCAACGGUGUACCCUUAUAGACAUUUUCUACUGCGUCUCUCAGAAGCCUCUGCGUCUACCAGAAAGACUAUGUUACGUAAUUUACUAUCUGGACAAGUAAAGGCUAUCUCAGCCGUAGCUAAACGUUGGAAUAACGGCACCAUUAACCCCAUGAGAAGAGACGUACCGACUUUAGAAAGGAAACGACUACUUUUACGAUCUCUCGCUUCAUUGGAAGUGUCGACGAGAAGAAAACAGUCGAUGCUUGUACGCUACCAUUCCAUUAUAACGGUUUUAUUUAGACCAGCUUACUUAAUCGAAACAAUUCUGGACGAAGUGAG